CCCUAACGGAUGAGAAGGGGUAAAAUGUGUUUUUAUUUAAUUGUACACAUAAUAUCGCGGGCGAAGCCCGCGUGACGGGGGAUGCUAGUAUUUUAUAAGACAGAUCGCAUUAUUCCCUUAUUAUUAUAAAAAACAAAUAUCUGUUUAUUAAGAUAUCUCAAUAUAUUUUUAAAUAUUUAUUUUAUAUUUGGAAUUAUGUCCACUUGGUAUCAGUGUAAUCUCGCCAACAGUUGCAGAGUUCUUGUCACAUCUGCUUGAAUGGCCAAGACAUUAUCGCAGCAAACUUUUUCCGCAGGAAAACAAAUCAAAAUGAAUUAUAAUUCAUAAUAUUCUAAUAUUAUAGAACUUGAGCUAUAUUUAGCAUCCGUAUGAGUUCAAAAAUUAAUAUUUUUCUUAAUAUUAAAAACUAUUAAACAUUUGAUCAUUUGGAGAAAUAAUUGUAUAUAAGUAUUCGAUUCGAGAAUUACACAGUGCUUGUCUGACAAGGUUUACGUUAUUUACAAAAUAUUUCUUUGUAAGAAAAUAAAAUGAUAUCUUCCUACAAUGUUUCGUAUUCGAUGAACAUAGAAUAAAAUUAUUGAAAAUUUGCAUCAACAAUAAUGUUAAAAAAUACUUAUGAUUAUAACAUUCUUCAUAUAUGAUAAUAAGUAAUAGUUACGUAUGUAUGAUUAUUAUAAGGAAUAUUUCUUAUUAUUUAAAUUGAAAGGUUUUUUUUUAUUUAAAUAAUUAAAUUAUUAUCUGCAGCUAGCAACAUUCAGCACAUCAGGAUUCCACAUGAAAAUUCUUUUAAAGAUUUUAUCACAAACGCUCCCAUGUUUGAUGUAUAUCUUGAAAUACCUUUCUUUUGUGGUGAAUAAUAAAGAAGUAAGUAGACAGUUCGCAAACAAAUAUUAACAUCAAAAUAAUAGACAUCGCUUCUAAUACAUACAUUUAUAUAUGUACAUAUACAUAUAUGUAAAUUAUUCGCAAGUUUAGAUAAAAGAGUGCUAUGAACAGAUUUGCCAUGAAUGGACGCUAUUGAAAGUUCGAAGUGAGAUUAAUAUAUUAAAUAUGCCAAUUUCUCCAGAUUAUUUGGAGUUUUCAUAACGGGUAAAAAUUUGAUGCAAUUACAUUGUUUCUUUUUAUUAUCUCAAAGUAAUAAGCAAAAUUUGUGCAUUAACAAUAUUUAAAGUUAAGAUGAAAUUUAUGAAGAAUUUACUAUAUAUAUAAUGCAAAAAAAACAUACGUGUAAUUUGUGGAAUUUACGGUAUCGCUUUGUAGGCACGAGGUUUCAACAAGCAAAAUUUGAUGAUGUAACAAAUUUUAUAAAUGCCAUUUACACAACUUUUUUUGCAUUUGGUAGUGGGGAUGUUCAUAACUCUUGCCGUUUUUGGUUUCUACCAAUUUCUACCAGAUUUACUCGAUAUGAUUGCACCACUUAACGAUUCUCGCAAGCACUUUCUUACAUUCGACGCCGAGUAUUUUGUCGAUCAGAAAGAAUAUUUUUAUCCUAUCGUAACGCAUGGCUUGACAGCUGUUUUAUAUCGGAGGCACUGGAAUAGUCGCUACUGGUGGAAUGCUAAUGGGAUACAUACUUCAUAUCUGUGCAACGUUGAAGAUAGCGAGGUAAAAAUUGUUAAAGAGAAUUAUAAAAUCACUUUUAAGCGGGAAAGAAAUAAAAUAACGUUAAACUGCAUAUAUAUUAUUUAAUUAUUUAUAUAAAAAAAUUAAUGACAAACUACUAAGGAUGCCUUAGUAAUUCGCGAUCAUUAUUUAUAGUUUAAUUAUCUUCCGUCAAUUAUUCUAUUAUUCCAUUUUAUUCUAUUAUUGAAUAUUAUUACAAAUAUUAAAAAUAAAAAUAGAACUCGUACAUUUCUUUCUUUGAAAAUUGUUAUCAAUUAUAUAAUUUAUAUAAGUACUUGCAUUUGUUCCAACAAAUUUGAAUCGCAUAAAAAUCUUGUGCGACUUUACAGUUAUCGUCUUGACCAUAUAACCGAUGAUGUACCAUUAGUAUCGAGUGUUGAAAAAGAUCACAUUAUUCGUGAGAGAAUAAUCAGCGCUGUUGAUAUUCAUCGAAGAGCAAAAUCGAGUUAGUUUCAUGUAUCAAUGAACUGAAACGAACAAGCACAACAGUUACAUAAUUCUUUGCUAUCUGUAUUUCAAUAGGUUUGCAGAAUUUGUCGUCUCCAGUUUUAUGAUAUUUUAUUUUAUUUUAAUUGGCAUAGGUAUCUUGUCGUUAACUCUCAACAUGUUUCAAGUGAGUAUAUAUUUACGGUUGCGAAUUUCACGAUUCCGAUGCAGGAAUAAAUAUUUCCGAAGAUCAAAUGCAGGCGAUAACGAUAAAUUGAUAUUGGGACUUUAUCUCAUGCUGCAUAUACAUGCAUACAUGCUAUACAUGCUAUACAUGCAUACAUUAUUUAAGCAUGUAUGAAGAAAUCACGAUAUAUAUAUUUAUACAUUUGUACAAAACAUAAUUAUCAUGCAGAGUAUAUACUGAAUUAAACACUAGAUAUGAUUGAAGUAUAAUAUUUUAUAGAAGAAAAUUCGCGUUACAGCGUCUGCAAUUUAUGCUAUUAACGGACGAUGUAAACGGAAUGUUAGCAUGUGUCCUACUAAUAAUAGGCCACUUAAAUUAUUUAUUCAUAGCUAACAUGGCUGGACAGAUAGUUACAGAUCAUAAUAUCGAUAUUUUUUAUACAACGUAAGUAAAUAAACCCACGUAUGUAUAUUCGUAUACAUGCACCUCAUCUAAUUCCUUAUUUUAAUAUUAUUUGUUUGCGAGUUAGUAUUAUAUCAGUCGUACACCUACCAAGUGGACGCACUCUCGUAAGAUCAGUUAAGUUAAUCAAUUCUUUUAUUUUAAUUUUUAGCUAUACAACGCGAUGGUAUACGGUAUCGGCACAAUUGCAAAAAUUGUUGCUUUUCAUAAUGCAAAAAACUACAAAAAAUUACUAUUUUAUUGUCGGUGGCAUCUUCGCCGCUUCUUUAGAGGGUUUUGCCACGGUAAGGCAACCGCAAUCACAAUUUAGCUUCGCACUUGAAAUCGUUUGAGUAACACUAAUAAAUUAAUUAACUCUAAUAAAUACACAUUUCAGAUGAUGAGUACGUCAAUAUCUUAUUUUAUGGUGAUUUACUCCACAAGUUGAUGUACAUGUACAAUUUCAUGUAGAAUGCGACAAACCGCUAAGUAGUCAAUUGUAGAUAUACGCGACAUGACUGAGAGAGCAGGUGCAGAUGCUUCUCGGGUAUGAUGUGUUUCGACAACUUCCACGAAGAAAGAUUAUUUGGUAAAUUAAGAACUUAUAGUUUACGGUAACAUGUGUUAAAUCGCAUUAAUCUGAUCGUAGAAGAAACAUAGAAGAAGAAACAUUAAUCAAAUCGGUGCAACUAAAAAGAACCAAAACUCAUUAUCGAAAUUUCUUUACCGCUUUUUUUUAACUCUUACAUUCUCCUUUUCAUGUGCUAUCCAUGUAUUUAUAUAUUAUUGUUAUAUAUCAUUUUUAUGUAUUGUAUCAUCUGUUACAGUAUAUUAUUCAAUAAAUUUCACUUACGCUUGGGAAGAAACUAUUUUACACGUCCUUUAAUGUGUCUUUUUGUCAUUUUUGUAUUUCUGACACAAUCUCACUCAUGAAGAGCACUCACGUAACAAAACAUUCAUAGCGCGAUACUUGACAUUACUGACAACAAUGAGGCCGUUCGACGAGUCAUGUGAAAGUUCACAGCCGCGCUUGCGCUACCGUCAAAAAGGAAGGCGUAUUUUUCUCCCCUUUCUUCCUGGGAAAACCGCAUUGGGCGAGCAGAAUGCUGUUUCAAUAAUUUAACUUCUUGUCACUCCCCCCAAUGAAAAAACCACGACCGCAUGCGACCGAUUGACUCUUCCCUAAGUCGACAAACUGCCAUAAUAUUUCCCUCAAUUACGCAUUGCCAGUGGCAACAGUUUGCAAAAACAUCGACGAGAGUCUGGAAGCGGUUGAAUUUAUUCCAGCAGAAGACAUACGAAACGAUAUCUCGAUAUUAUUUUUUCCAACAUGUCUUUGAAUCGCAGAGAGAGAGAUAGCAUCGGAAAUCAGUACAAAAUAUAUCGUAUACUUCUCUUGUCACUGAGCGUAUGGCCGUUUCAGCAGUCGAAAUACACGAUACUUAUACGUUCUUUCCACUUUGGUAUAAUGAUAUCUUUUACAUUCUUUCAGCUCACAUCAUUCCUUACAAAUGAAUUAGUUCUGGAUGUCGUUAUUAUGAUUCUCUCAUAUGCCUUACCAUCCUGUAUAUGCAUGAUACAGUAUCACUCAUUUUGUUCAAAUUCUUACAUAGUGAAACGAAUAUGGGAAGAUAUCUAUAGCACUUGGAAUUUGAUGAGAAACGAAACAGAACACAAAAUAAUGCGACAAUAUAAAGCUAAAGCUGAAUACCACACGAAACUGUUUCUAACGAUUAUCAUCUCAAGCUGCAUUAUAUAUGGGAUUUUUGAAGCAAUGCCAGUCAUUCUCGACAUAAUCCUACCAUUAAAUAAGACCCGUCCACGCGAGAUUCAUGCUUUGUUAGAAUAUUUUAUCGACAAGGACGCAUACUUUUUUCCGAUCUUAUGCCAUUGGUUGAUUGGUCUGAUUAUUGGUUGUUAUGUUAUUAUAUGCGUAACUACAUCACUGCUGGUGUGUUUGCAACAUAUUAGUGGAUUAUUCAAAGUUGCCAACUAUCGUAUCGAACAUUCAGCUGAUGAUUACGUAUUUUAUAAUUCUACACAGGAGAACAAUCGCAUCGAAAACUUUAUUCGAAACAUAAGCGCCGCGGUGGAUAUACAUCAAACAGCCAUCGAGCGAUGCGAAUAUCUACUAGAUAAUUUUAUCAAACAUUUUUUCUUCAUGCUGGUAAUUGGCGUUACAUCUUUAAGUUUAAAUUUGUUCCGACUACUCAAAGCGAUUAUUACGCUAGAUGAAGUCGAGAUAGUUUCAUCAAUAUUAUUUACUAGUGGACAUUUUGUAAUUAUGUUUGUGAUUAAUUACUACGGGCAACAAAUUACAGAUUAUCAUAGCGAAAUUUUUACUGCUGCAUAUAACGUACGAUGGUACGUGACGCCAGUAAAGAUCCAAAAGUUGCUAUUAUUCAUUAUGCAAAGCACUACGAAAGCCUAUUAUUUAAAUAUAGGCAACUUAAUUGUAGCUUCGAUAGAAGGUUUUUCUAAGCUCGUAAGUAUGGCGAUAUCAUACUUCACGCUAAUCUAUUCUUUGCUGUGAUAAUAAACAAUACAGUUGGAUCGAUCACCGAUUAUAAAUAAUAUGUAGUAAAAAGUAUGUUAAAUGAUGGCAUAAUAUGCACUAGAAACAUACUACUUGUUGUAAGUUAUGAGUAAAUCAUUAUGCUGUUUCACGGAAUUUACUCUACACUUUGCUCUACAUAACAUAAAACCUGCAAUACUAUAGUUGUUACUUGCGAGAGAGAUUAAUAGUAAAAUUUUCAGAUGGGUAGUUCGAUUAUUAACAUCUGUAAGAAUAAAUAGAUAUAUAUGGAUGAAAGGAGACAUUUUUUAAUUUAGCUUCUUUUGUCUCAUAAAAUAUAAGUUGCUGCAGUAAACUUCGUCAGCGACGUAAACGAGCAUAUAUCUUCGAUAUAGUUAUAUCUACUAUAUAGAUAUCUACUAAAUUAUAUAAUACUAUAUACUAUAUAGAUAUCUACGGUAUAAAUAUAUAGUUUACUGCAAUUUUAUAAUCCAUAUCCAGUUUAUAGAGAAUAUUGCAUUGCAAUAUUAUUUUACAGAGGACACAAUUGGGUCGGGGGGCUGAAAUGGAAAUAAACCUUUUUCAGACCGUGACAGCAACAACACGCAAAUACGCUUGCGUUGCAUCAAUGGGGAGGGCUACAAUUGCUUAUAAAAAAUUACUGGUAAAAAGGGAGAACACUUGCAUGACUUUCUCCGAACAUCUGCAUGCGUCAUAGGUUCCUUCGUUUCGUUCGUGUCCCGGUAUAUUUACACCAUCCCCUUUGAGAGAAAGCUCGAUUUUUUCUUUUCUUCACUAUAGGCCAUGUUGGCAUAGAGGGGAAAAAAUAAAUUGUACGGGAAACGCUUAAAUUGCUGUAACUGUCACUCAUCCUACGACGUUGUGCCUCUCGCCGUCUGUUAUGCACGGCAAAAUGACCAAAAAAUUCGACAGAAGGAAGUUAUGUUACGGAGUAUGCGCAAAAGUGAAAUCUGCACUUGCGGAAAUCUGUUUGUCAUUCGCGUUUCGACCAUCGCGGAAGAAUGAACUGGUAGAUCUCUACGAUCACUACCAUGGACUUGUUCACUCAUUUGACUGGUCGAAUUAUAAUCUUAUAGGACAAUCAAAUUUCGGUGAGUGUUUCCGUACAAUCUAUAUUUUUUUGUCUGCUUCAUAUAUGCUUAUUCAGGUAGCGUUUAUACAUUUCUCUACUUUUUUGUAAUAAGUUUAAAGUGAUGUUCAAAUAAUGACGUAUUCUUGUAGACAUCUAUGUGUCUACAUGAGACGUAUACGCAUACACGUAUACGCAUACACGUGAAAUAGUGUAUUGCGCACGCAUAGUUUGAAAAAUAACCGGAUUGAAAUUAUGUGAAUUUGAAUCUUGAUCUGUAAAAUGUGUAUGUGUAAAAA